AUGGCCAUGGCGCCUCUAAAAGGUUGGAUACCUCAAGAUCUCCCUGGAAGUCUAUCGGCAUAUGGUCCACGUCAUGAUAACGACUUUGAAGAUAUAAGUAAGAUUCGGAUUCUGCCAACUAUGUCGGAGCUCAUGUCGACCCGGCAAGACUACCGGCCGCUUUACGACCCUUCGCAAUUACAUUUGCCAGGGAUUCGAGGAUUAAUCGAUCGGCACUUUCGAUUACUUCGAGAAGAUACAGUUGGGCCGUUGAAAGAAGGCAUUUGUGAAGAGCUUCGAAUUCUCGAAGAUCCCAGAGGUGAACACACCUCUUACUUGCAAAGCAAUGUUCGCAAGUAUUCGUACAGCGUCGUAGAUAUUGUUGAUACUACCUGCAAACGUCGAUCGGGGCUUGAGUUUCACUUGAAGCUUAAACAACCGGAGCUUGCGAGUAGACUCUCAACUGAAGCGCGCGAAGAUUGGUGGAGAAUAUCGAAGCGCUUGGAGAUUGGCGCCCUCGUUUGCUUUCUGGAAAGAGACACCGCCGUAUUCUUUGCUGUGUCAGACUCCACUAUUAGACCCAAGAUCGAUUCCAACAAGGGAAACAGGGAUCGACCACCGUUCGGGAAGCGUGACUUGCACAGUAAUGCGAGUUUCGCAUACGUUAGCCUAAGCUUAGCUGAGCCCAGCGACACAGAUCUCCGAGUAAUGCUUCGAGCUAUUCGAUCUAAGAACCCUACACCCAGAUCCUUGAUAGAAUUCCCUGGCGUAUUAGUGCCUUCGUUCAAACCGGCUCUGAGCGCACUUCAACAUAUCUCAAGGACGUUAGAUCUUCCAUUUACUAACCUACUUGCGCCAGUCUUAGAUGGCCCGAUUCAAGUUACCAUUCCACCUCCUCUCUAUACGACGAAGCCUAAGUUCGCAUUUGAUUUGAAGUGUCUUACCUCCGAUGGAGGAAAUUUCACCUUCAGACCCAAAAAUGACCCGAACCCCCGUGACCUUUCAAUCAGAUCAAGCCUAGACGAAGGCCAGUCUCGAGCUCUCCUGAACACACUAAAGAGAGGUCUAGCACUUAUUCAAGGACCUCCGGGAACGGGUAAAAGUUACACUGGCGAAGCAAUCAUCAAGGUGCUUUUAGCGAAUAAGUACAAGGCAGAAAUAGGACCUAUAGUCUGCGUUUGUCGUACCAACCAUGCCUUAGACCAGCUUCUUGAAAACCUCUGGCACGAUGGAGUGAAGAAGAUCAUCCGGAUUGGCUCGAGAUCUGAAUCGUUGAUUCUCCAGCAGGUGAACCUGCGCAAGAUCGCACAGGAUGUAGAGCGCACUAGAUCGGAAAAGAAAACUUUAGGCAAAUCUGGUCCGGCAUUGGAGAACGCAGAGAAGGCAUUGAAGGCUUUCAUAACUCAGAUACGGACCUCAAUGAUAUCCCAGAGAGAGAAAGAGCAUGUCAAGGACACGGCGAUGUUGUGUUAUAAGGCGAUAUUCGGCACAGAGCAGGACCAAUGGACUGCAAGUAUCCACCGGGACGAGGACGCUUACUUCCGUCGUUGGGUCAAUGAGGGUGUUGUAUCAAACAGUGCACCUAGAGAAAUUCGGAUAUUGAUGAAACAAGAUCCAACGACAUUCAGUCGACAAGAACGCUCCUUACUUCGCGAGAUGUGGGCUUCUGCGGUCAUCUCUGAUUUGGAGGACGAGUUCAUCUCCCUUCAUCGCAGCCACUGGGCCGCUAAAAAGAGACAUGAAAUGGGCAUAGGUGAGGUGGACCUUCGCAUACUCGGACACGCCGAUGUUAUCGGCGCGACCACCGCAGGCCUGGCUAAGAAUUUGACCACCCUUCGAAAUCUCAGAGCUAAGGUACUACUCUGCGAGGAAGCUGGUGAGGUGUUAGAGAGCCACAUCCUAACAUCGUUGCUCCCAUCUGUGGAACACGCCAUCCUUAUCGGAGACCAUCUUCAAUUGCGUCCCCACAUUGACAACUACGAGCUAUCUAUAGCGAACCCUCGUGGAGAAAAAUACUCGUUAGAUGUAUCGCUGUUUGAAAGGCUUGUUAAACCUCCUCGACCAACCGACCUGAGACUGCCAUUUGACAUGCUUGAAGUACAGAGGCGAAUGCAUCCGUCGAUUUCCAACUUAAUUAGAAGCACUCUGUACAACGAUUUGAAAGACUUCAAGGAAGUUGGUGGUUAUCCUGAGGUGGCUGGGAUGAGGAAACGACUCUAUUGGUUUCAUCAUGAAUACCCUGAGAGUCGAACAAUACCUAGCCAGAAUCAGGUUGCGGAUACGUCCCGGACAAACAAAUUCGAGGUUGAUAUGGUUUGUGCCUUCGUAUCCCACCUCGUGCGCCAAGGUGUUUAUAACCAUAACGAUAUUGCGGUUAUCACGCCUUAUCUCGGACAGCUGCACAAGUUGAGACAAAGACUUCAAGAAUCAUUCGAGGUUGUGGUCGAGGAUCAAGACCUCAUGGAUUCACAGGAUGAAGAUUUUGAUGUGACUCCCAAUAUCCACAGACAGGAAUUGGGAAGCUGUUUACGGCUCGCAACGGUUGAUAACUUCCAAGGAGAAGAAGCGAAGGUCGUUGUCAUUUCCCUAGUACGGAGCAACUUAGAUCAGCAAUGCGGUUUCAUGCAAACCACAAACAGAAUCAACGUCCUUCUCUCACGAGCCAAGCAUGGGAUGUAUAUCUUUGGAAACUCUACUACGUACGGCGGGGUUGACAUGUGGUCGGAAGUCAUCAGCAUGCUCAAAAAGAACGGGAAUAUUGGCACUAGCCUUCCGCUUCAGUGUCCGAGACAUAAGGAUGCACUUAUUGAAGUAUCAGGUCCCGAAGACUUUGCGCGAUUAUCCCCAGAGGCAGGUUGCAAUGCUCAGUGUCUCCAGGUACUCGAGUGUGGCCAUGCGUGCCUCAGCAAGUGCCAUGCGGCACCAUUACAUAUGACCAUCAAAUGUCAUCAGCGAUGUUCAUUGAUAAAGAAAAUCUGUGGCCACGGCUGUCCAAAUAGGUGCGGAGAGCCAUGCGAAGAAAAUUGCUCGACUGUACUAGAAGGGAAAAAGCUCUUUCUACCUUGUGGGCACUUCUUAACCUCGCCUCGCUGCUGGCAAACUCUGGUACCCGGCGAGAUUGAAUGUCGCCAACGCAUCAAGAUAACUAUACCGGGAUGUAAUCAUAGUGUAGAAUUACCUUGUCAGGGGUAUGUCGCUGUGAACGAUAUCAUCUGUCGCGCACGAUGUGGUCAUUUUCUGCCAUGCGGACAUCAAUGUCCAGGUUCUUGCAAAACCUGUAUUGUUCGUGAGGGCGGGAGAGUUGUGAAGGAAGAGCACCGGGACUGUAUAAGCAUUUGUGGUCGAAGCUACGGCACUUGCAGUCACGUCUGCGAACGACCGUGUCAUCCAAACGAAGAAUGCCCUCCUUGCGACAUGGAUUGCGACGUGCAAUGCAAACAUACGAAAUGUCGCAAAACGUGUUCUGAGCGAUGUCCUCACAGUCGUUGUACCAUGCCGUGUGCGGCGCCAUGCAAUUGGAUUCCUUGCUCCAAACGCUGUAAGAAGGUUCUACAACCUUGCGGUCAUCAAUGUCCGUCUCUCUGCGGAGAGAUCUGUCCAGAUGCCAGGUAUUGCCAGACUUGUGCAUCUGAAGAUAUCAAGAGAACUGUAGUAGAUACAAUUGAGGUUCGAGAGUACCGUGACAUCGACUUAGAUACGGACCCUUGUAUCUUCCCUAAAUGCGGCCAUAUCAUGACAGCAUUGAGUAUGGAUUGUAAGCUAGGCAUGUCCGACUACUAUGAGAGUCUUGACGAUGGUACAGUCAUUGCUAUCAAGGGUCCGUACGAGCCCCUCACGAGCGCUACUAUCAAAGCCUGCCCGAAAUGUCGAGGAAGCCUACGGAACAUUUCCCGCUAUGGAAGAUUAGUUCGACAAGCCUUGUUAGAUGAAUCAACCAGAAGAUUCAUUCGCUGGUCGCAUGCUCAAUUUAUUAUGCUGGAACGACGUCUUCUCGAUGAACAACAACAACUGGAGCACUCGAAGAAUUCCGAACAACUUCCUAAACUGUUCAACAAAGUAGACAAGCGUGAGAUGGGCGUGUUUCAGAUUGACCAUAUGCUGGCAAUCCACAAGUCGAUCAACAAUGAUCGAUACAAGAGGAUCAUUGCUCUUUACUUCGAUAUAUUCCUUUGUAUGGAUCGAGUUAGGGGUGAAGAAAGACCUUACAAACUAUUAUUUGAUCUCGUCGAACAGGCCAAUAGCGUCGAGGGGGCAAUAGGCCAGUUCGAACCAGGCCCUUCUCGUGUUCACACUCGUGGUGAACUCCUAUCUCAGGUCACGCUUUUCCGCUGCUACCUAAUGGUCUUGAGCGACUUCCUGAAGUUGAGAAACGAUGCGCCUAAGCGUUGCACAACAAUGCAUUUCGGAUUGGAGAAACCAAUCGAAGACUGUGAGCUGUUGAUCAAACUAGCGCAGACGACCGGUUAUAUUGUUCAAGAAGCAGAAGGACACAUCUUCUUUGCACGACUUGUCGGACUCAUCAAGCAGCUGGCCAACUCCGAGGAACACUUUGACCUGAAGGUAGUUGGCUUGUGCGACGCCACCAUAGCCAAAGCCAAAGACCAUUAUUCCCAGGCGCAGGCUCUUGUCCGUGACUACCAACCAGCUACACACCUCCAAAAGGAGUUAGAUGCUGUCGGGAAGAUGCUUAACCACGGUGUUUUUUACACUGGAAUGUCGGUACAAGAGCAACGCGCCAUCCACAGAGAAAUGGCUAAAAAGCUCACUGGAAUUGGCUAUUGGGGUACCUGCGCUCACGGCCACCCAUUUACUGUGGCAGACGUCAACUCGUUAGGGGAAGAUGCCAAGUGCCCAGAAUGCGGCGCAAAUGUCGGAAAGAUUCACCCUUAACUGGGUGGUCGUGUGGUUGGAGCCCGAUAUAAUGAGGGCAGAUGGCGGUACGACGCAAUGGGAAACAACAAAUUUGGCCUCUUCCGAGAUGGGACAAAUUGUCACAAAACCCCUUUUGUGUCAUUGCGCAUAAAAACGUGUAACCUGCUAGCCAUAGGCACUUGUACUUUGCUUUCCCUUUUCUUCCUUGGCGGCAGAAAAUGCCAGAAGAGAUGACUCAUACAUUUACCACCGCUUAAGCUUGGUAAGAUCGCCUUAUUCGAGGUUGUUGAACUGCGAGGUCCUUAUACGACUGUGUUCUGACAGUAAUUAAGCAAUCAAUAAGAACUGCGAUGCCCCUUGAUUAAAAACUGUGAAUCCCUCUUUGCCUAGGUAGGUAGAUAUCCCUCUUACCUCUACUACGACUUUAUAAUUUUGGAUAUA